AUGGAGUGGUGCAGAGCCCAAGCCAAUGUCAAGAAUAACAUGACGACUAGGAAGGAAUUCAUGCGGGCGUUUUGGGUCAGCUGCAACGAAUGGCACGAUUUCAAGACGAAGCUCUACAUGGCCCUGCUCCAGCCGGCGGAGCGCUGGACAUGGCCGGAACCUUCUAGAGAUUUGAACAAUGACAAGUCAGCCGAAGCGGAGCGCCUAGAGUUCGAAGCCGGCGUAGCUGGCAACACGCCAUACUAUUGCGUGCCGGUUAGCAAGGAAAACCGGUGGUACUACGAACCAGUGCUCGACUGGGCAUUUGCAUAUCCACCAUUGCGCGAUCGAAUCCAGACUUUCAACGGCUUWAAUGGCCACCUUACGACCACCUACCGCAUCGAAAUCUUGUUGCAGGUCAUUGAAAAGGCCAUGCAGAUGAUGCGCGCACAUCACGCUUUCCGCGACCCURGCCCUGAUGGYAUUCGCUCACUCAGAUGUAGCUGGGUUGGCGGAAGACUCCYAGCAGCCCCACCAGUCGUGAAAGGUCRGAGAAUUAAGAAGAAGACAUUUGGUGCCAUGGACAUCGUGGUAGAGAUUGACAGAAUGCCUAACAUUACGGACGACACUAUCAUGCGGGUAGAGGCUGGUGAUGUUGGGGACGGAUGGAGAAGUACCCACGAGACGGCAACACUGGAAAGACUCGUCGCAGCAAUUAUCUCGCGUCCAGUUUACGAAAUGCCUCUUACUCUCGACGAUCUCUCCUGUGAUGCUCUCUCAUACAGCGCUCCUGCCCGUAACGGUUUUAACUAUAGCGUUAUACUUCGCGACGAUGUUAAGUGCCCUUUCUACGAGCUCUAUAAUCUAAUACCGCUAGUUGUAAGUAGAUCGAAGCCUGUCCUCGUAGUAGCCUUUCGCUUUCGGGGUACGACUAGUAAAGGGGGAUCUCCUACUUCCUCCUACCCUCUCUCUAGGUAA